CAUGUGUGUAGGUAUGUACUUACUUUACUGUCAGUAGUGUUGUGUAGCCGCCGUUUGCUUAUAGCGGCAUAGCGAUAAGUGGCACUGCGAGUAAUACCUGCGCCACCCACGCAAUAGCGGCACCCUGUCCCAACUCUUCUGCCGGAUACGCGAAGCCCAGCUGUGACUGACUGACUGGUUGAUAUGAACUGCAUAGCGUAAGAAGUAGCAAGUAGCCAGUAAAAGUGCAGUGUGUGCAAUUAAAUUGGAUUUAACGAUAAUUUGUGUGUGCACAAUGAAAAUGAGUUCGGACGAAAUGCUGUAUUUCUUCAGACGAAACUAAAAAACGCAUAAAUCGUGGAAUUUUGCCCUAAUCGUUGGUUUCGUUUCAUGUUUCGUAAUGUAAAUUUACUUACAUACUUACGUCGGCGGUAUAUUUAUUGAUAUAUAAAUUGAGUAUUGUACGUGCCAUAGUUUUUGUACAAAACCCCGCCGCCAUCAACCCACUCGUCAGUUUUGCUGCCUCAACGAUUAUAACGAUUACAACAAACACAACAUCUCACAAGCACUAACAUACGCUACUUAUCGGUGGUUUUUGGUAUUUUGUUUUGUUGGAAUAUGGAUUGCAGUCUUGCAGAACAAAAUUCCGUGAAUUCUUUGGACGAAACUAUUAGAAGCCUCACGCAACUAGCCUCAAGCGGCAGCCCAUUGCGGCGCGAAAACACCUUCACAUCGGUCACAGCCCAACAAGUGACAGUCUUAUCGUCGUCGCCAUCGUCUGCAGCGGCGGCGGCGGCGAUACAAACUGCGGCUGCCAUCAAGCUGCGCAAGUACAGCGACCGUUGUCUGACCACAGCUGAAGCCAAAUCGCACACCUACCGCAUUUCGAUGGCGAACUUGGAGGAGACGCAAGAGUCCGAAUUGGACAUGAUAUUGGGCGAGCUGAGCUUGCUGGAGGCACAAAUCAAUUGCGGUGAUGCAGCUUUUCUACCCGGUUGCGGUGUACCUGGGCCGCAACAACAUGUAAAUCAAUCAGCCGGUAUGGGCGGCGGCAGCGGCAUGGGCACAGCACCACCUACACGCACACAUUCGCGCACAAAUUCCACUAUUUCAGGUGCCACGACCAUUUCGCUAUCUAGCGCAUCGGAGUGUGGCAGCAGCGCUACCACACACUCGCUUGCCUCUUCCUCGGGCGUUUCGGAGAAUGGCCAGAGCAGCAUAAGCGGCGGCAGCAGUGUGGGCAGCAUGAUGGGCGUCAGUAUUGGCGGUGUAGGCGGCGUUGGCGGCAGUCUUGGUGGUAGCGGUGUGGGCAUUAUGCGCGAGCCACGCACCGAGUCGCCAGACAAUGAUUCCGCUUUCAGCGACACCGUUUCGCUGUUAUCCAGCGAGUCGUCAGCUUCGAGCAGCGCCAGUUCAGCGGUGCAUCACAAACAGAUGCAACAAUUGCAGCAGCAACAACAGCUGCAGUAUAUGCAGCAACAGCUGAGCGGCACUACGCUGAGCAGCAGUAAGGCGGCCAAGAUACAGCUGGCGUUGCACAAGUUGGAGCAUCCAUCCAUAAGGCGAUUGUUCGUCAAGGCUUUCACCUCGGACGGCGCAUCGAAGUCGCUGCUGGUGGACGAGCGCAUGUCGUGUGGGCAUGUAACGCGUCUAUUGGCCGAUAAGAAUCAUGUGCAUAUGCAGGCCAAUUGGGCGUUGGUAGAGAACUUGGGCGAUCUGCAAAUGGAACGCCUCUUUGAGGAUCAUGAGCUGCUGGUGGACAAUUUGAUGACUUGGAAUUCGGAUGCGGGCAAUCGCGUGCUUUUUCAGCAGCGCAGCGACAAGGUAUCGCUCUUUGCCAAGCCGGAAAUCUAUCUGCCUGGACCGCAAAUGGCGCCAGGCAGUCAGCACGAUGAGCACACACGCGCCAUGCUGUUGGAGGAGUUCUUCGAGACCAACUCGCAGCUGCAGGUUGACGGUCCGUUGUAUAUGAAAGCCGACUCGAAGAAAGGCUGGAAGCGUUACCACUUUGUUCUGCGCUCCUCUGGGCUUUACUAUUUUCCGAAAGAGAAGACGAAGAACACACGCGAUUUGGCUUGUCUGACACUCUUCAAUGGCUAUAAUGUGUAUCGCGGCUUGGGUUGGAAGAAAAAGUGGAAGGCGCCCACAGAUUAUGCGUUCGGCUUCAAGUCGGCCGUUGAUUCUUCGCUCGGCAAGACCUGCCGCACAUUGAAAAUGCUUUGCGCGGAGGAUUUGGAGACUAUGGAGAAAUGGAUCACGGCCAUACGCAUUUCGAAAUACGGCAAGCAGCUGUGGGAGAACCACAAAACGCUCAUGGAUGAUCUCAGCUUGGGCGAUGUGAUGUUGCAAAGCAGUUUUGGCGUCUCGAUGCGCAGCGAAUCGAUAAGCAGCAUCUCAUCGGCCGUGCCGUCACAAUGCGGCAGCGUCUCCUCCGCCGUCUCGAGCAUGUCCAAUUCGAGUGGUCGCGUCUCGCGUGCUUCCUCGUCCUCGUCAAGCGGCUGCCUUUCCGACGACAACAAUGGUUUCGACUCGGAAUUCACUACAGGUACAAUCAAACGCAAGCCCUCAAUGAAGCCCAACCUGCCACUGACCACAAUGACACGUCAGCUGAAAGAGGUGGGCGAGAUAACAAUUUGCGAGGGCAGCGGCGGCGAUGUGCAAGAUGCAGCCUCACCCGAACGUAGCGGAACACUUACGCGCCGUCACAGUCGCCGCAAGUCGCAAGAGAGUAACGGUAGCGGUACACUAAAGCGGCGUCAGCCGCCCGCAGCGGUGGCGAAACGCGGUUCAGCAGAAAGCAUGAAUGCAACCGCUUGCAACUCGUCUGGUUCCUCCAACUCCACGCCCACACCGACGCCCAGUAUCUGCGCCAAGCCGCUGCUAGAGUAUGAGGGCGUCCGCACUGUGGUCAGUAAUGAAGCCAAUGCUGUGGCGAAUUGUAUGUCCUCAUCGACACUCUCGCUAGACUCGUUACCACCACCACCACCGCCGCCACCGCUCACCGACGAGCACGAAAUAUAUGGCUCGCAGCUGUCACUGGUUUCAUUGCCGCCACCACCGCCACCAGAAGAAGUGAUGGUCUAUCAGCAGCCACCGCAGCAAUUCCAAAUGGCAGGUGGCAAAGCGAACGGCAUGCCGCCAGCAGUGCCUGCGAAACCACAGAAGCCCCAACAGACACCGGUGAAGGGUCCUGCACCACCGUAUAAGGCACCACCAGAGUAUGUGGGUCAAGCGCACAAUCAGCAUAUGAACAACAGCAGUAGCAGCAAUAAAAACAAUGUUGCAGCCUCUGCUGCUCUACCACCGCCGCCGCAACCUUCGAAUACUGGCACACAAAAGAAAGUAUCCUUCGCCGAUUCACCAGUGCUGCUGCGCCGCAAAAUGUGCUCACCCGAGCCACCAGCGAGUCUACUGCAGCAGCAGCAACAGCAACAGCAAAUGCAAAUGCAUAUGCAAAUGCACGCGCAGCCUUUGUACGGUUAUGCGCCCUGCCCGCUGCCACCGCCACGCGCCGAUAUGACACGUCUCUCGACGAACUCUUCCAAUUGCAGUUCAAUCGACUUUGGCUCCCCCAAGCGUCUGCAAGAGUCCACCUCGAAUCCGCCGCGCGACUUUCUCAAGGAUCUACAACGCGUUAUGCGCAAAAAGUGGCAGGUGGCGCAGAAGUGCAAACUAGAACCGGCCACAACUCCGCAUGAAGUGCUCGGAUUUCGCGAUUUCAACGACGAGCUUCACAAUUUGAAUGCCUCCGCCACCACACACUACUAUCGCGAGACAGCGAACGUGAGCAAUUGGGUGCAAGAGCACUAUGGUGCCGGCGCACCACCGCCACCGCCUAGCGAAUAUGCGCUCUAUGAGAAUUUGCAUGCGACCGAUGCGCCGAAUGGCAUGGCCGGCACAGCGGUAAUGAUGGAGCCGCAAUUCCCCAUGGGUGGGGCAGCGGCGGCGGCGGUGGCUGCAGCAGCGGCGCAACGCAAGAAGCGACCACCGCCGCCACCACCCAAACGCAGCGAUUCCACGCAGCUGACGCACAGGGUUUAGGGAUGUGGCGGAGGCCAACGUCGCCGACAUUGGUUUCUGUGCGGUUGGUAAUAGUAUAAACAAGAAAGGGAAAGUGAGACGAGAAAUGUGUGGAGAAAGCGAAAAAAGCAAGGUGUAAAGGAGAAAAUUGAGUUAAAAGUAAAGGCGUUUAUCAAAGCGUAGAAGGGAGCGUAGUGCUUUCAUUGCGAUGCUGGGAAGGUUCAGAACCUGUAGAACGCGCGCGCAGUUGCCAAACGUAUUUGGUGGCAAUACACACAAAACAUGUCCUCUAUAUAUGUAGUAGUUAAUAUUAAGAUACUUAUACAUACAAUGAAAAAAUUUUUUAUAAACAUAUAUUUACAUGCUUAUACAUAUUUGUAUGUGGACGUCUACUUACUAAGCAUUUACACAGGCUUAAGUGAAAAGCGAAUUUUCGCGAAUAAUUUCAAAAAAAAAGAAGAAAAAUAAUGCUUUUUGCUUUCAAAUUGUCUACGCCUAGGAAUUGUACAAUAUGCCAUACUACAUAAUAGCAGCAAGCAAAAGCAACAGAAUUUUUGAGCAGCAAUAUAAACAAUUUUAAACAAGUUUUGAAGUAAAAUGAUAAAUUAAUGCAUUUAUACGAUAAACAUUUUAUGAAAUUAGAGCAGGCAGCGUUGUUAGUUAAAACAGCGGAGCAUAAUUUAAAAUAAUAUUGUAAUUUAUGCAAAAUUUAUGAUAUUUCCAACUCUCCACAACUCUACAACAGUCUCAACAACUCCCCAAAUUGUCCAUUGCUCUCCAAAAGCCUCCAUUAAUAUUUAAAAGCCUACACAACGCAUCUUUAGCACACAAAAUUGUAUCUCUCAUUAAACUCUACACAAUGCUCCACUUGCUUUUAUAGCACAGCGCAAAACCUUACUAGUACUUUUUGUAAAACGGGUUAAACCUGCCUUUUCUGAAAACUUUUAUAAGCUACUGCCAAGGAAAAUUUUGCUGCUUUACUAGCGUUCUUUGUAAAACAUGUUCAAAAUUUGUUCUUCGAAAACUCUACACAACUCCUCACAUGUUUUGUAAGCAAAUACCAACGAAAAAUUGUGUCAAACUUACUAGCGCUUUUUAAACAAAUGUGGUAAAAAUUUGUGUGUUUGAAAAUUCUACACAACUCUCCACAUGUUUCGCAUGUUGCUGGCAUUUAAAACCUGCAUCAAAUCACAUCCUCACUUUGUUAUGUUGUAUUUCAAAAACUCUACACAACUCUCCACUCCUCUUUUAUGUCCUCAAAAAGUUCCAAAUAGUCCUUAGAAGUGGCUCAUGUAUCGAAAAAGCGCCUAAAAGCAAUCGAUUAUUAUUGAAAGUAUCCUAAAUUGUCCGCCCCUCACUCGCGCUGAGUUUUGCUAGAGCAAUAUUCUGCAAUUUCCAAAAGCAUACUGCCCCGUGAAUUUCGUAUUUUAGCAAAAUUUUUUUAAAUGAAAAAUUAAAAAAAAUUUAUUAUACUCUUAAUUAUAUGCUACGACUCUUUUAAUUUUGAAAUUGUGCAAAUUUUAAACGAAUAAGUAAUGGUUUAGUGUUAUUAAACGAAAAAAAUAUGGCAAACAUUUGCUAGUAUACAGCGGCAUGCAAUACAAUUGCAAUGAUUAUUUAAAUUUACCAAAUCUCUACUAAAAACUACCACUAACAACAAAACUACACAUUGUAAAUUCCUCAAAUUUUUGCAUGCGAAUCGCUAAUAUAUGUACUUUAUCCAUAUACAUACAUAUAUAUUUAAUGCUUACAAAUGAAAUUUAUUCGCCUUACGUAUUAGAAGCGAAAAUUAGCGUUUAGUUUUUAAGAAAGAAAACAAGCAGUGUUUUUUUGAAAAAAAAAAAAUGCAAUUUUUCAUUAAAAAAUUUGUGUAUCCACUCCACUCUACUCUUGCAUGUGUAUGUACUUAUUUAAGUGAAAUUCUAAAGCAAAUUAACGAAAGAGAAAAAUGAGUGAAAAUUAUAAAUAAGCCGAAAUAAGGCAUCUAUGCAUGAAACAAAAUUAUUUGGUGAAUUUUGUUUUUUAAAUAUAAAUGAAAAGUAAAAUUGCAUUGAAAAUGUUUGCGGCCGUGCGCUACAAACUUGCUUUUCCAUAAAAUUUAUUUGUAAAACAAAAUAUUGUAGUAAUUAAAUUGUUCCUAAGCAAAAGCAUUUCACUUGAAAUAUGAAAAAAAAAAUAUGAAAAUAAAAAAUUGCUAAAUCUUAAUAAAAAAGCAGUUAAUUAAAAUUGAAACUAAUUGUAAAACGCUAAAUAGAUUAGGCAGUUACGAGUAAAAAAUGCUUUCAUAAUUGUAUAAUUAUGUGCUGAUUUGCGCGAAUCGUGCGACGAAACGCGGCGAAUUUUACAAGCAUAUAGUUGAAAAUUUUCACUUUUUUAAAAAUAAGUAAACAAAAAAAAUAAUGUAAAAUUUAGUUAAAACCGCUUGUACAGUUAAAAACUAAAAAUAAAUAAAAUACAAAUAUUUAACAAUUUUAUGUGAAAGUAUCAGUGUUCCCCGCUUUUUCUACUUCAAACGCGUCUUAGCAAUUUUAGUUCAUUGAAAGUGAAAGUUACUCUUAAAAAAAUACUAAAUAUCAAAAAAAUAAAUAUGUAUUAAAAAAACAUUAGUUGUUGAAAAAAAGAGUAAGCUAAAUAAAUACAAAUUGAAAUAUAAUGUUGGUGCUCACACCUGCCUUGUUAUUGGGUUAUCUGGUUAAGUGAUUAUAUUUUGUACACAGUUUCAAACAUAAAAUAUAUUGAAGAAUAAUAAUAUAUAACCAGUUAACUUAAUAACAGAAAGGUGUGAGCGCACCUCCAAUGUGCUCGAAUGCAAACAAAGAAAUAAAAAAA